CUGGAUUGGAGGCGUCCAGAGCCUUUUGGAACCGCCAAGCUGGAGCUAGAGACGGACCUGGAGUUCCGCUGGGCCCCGGCCCCCGGGCAGCUCCUCCUGCAGGAAUCCGGGGCCCCAGCAACGCGCAAGGAGCUGGAGGCGGCGGCGGCUGGGCGCAGCGGCGAGAAGCGGUGCGGGCUGCUCUGGUUCACUACGCUGGUCCUGUAUGCCGCCUUCGUGGGACUGGGAAUAAGCAUUGCUAUCCUUGGGCCAACAUUUCCAGAUUUGGCGAGAAAUGUGAACCAAAACAUCAGCAGUCUGUCUCUCAUUUUUGUGGGCCGUGCCUCUGGAUUUGUAUGCGGUACCAUGAUUGGUGGAGCUCUCAUUGACUAUAUGAAUCAUUUUUUACUUUUGGGUGUGUCGAUGUUGGCUACUACAGUUGGAUUUUAUUUCAUUCCUUUCUGCAAGAAGGCAGUCUUACUGGUUGUCAUGAUGUCUGUCUUUGGUGCUUCGGUUGGUGUUGUGGAUACAGGUGGGAACGUCCUCAUCUUGGCUCUUUGGGGAGACAAAGGAGCCCCACACAUGCAGGCCUUGCACUUCAGUUUUGCCUUGGGUGCCUUCCUGGCUCCCCUGCUGGCUAAAUUGGCCUGGGGUACAACAGCGUCCACUCAGAACCUCACAGAGUCCGACUUUGAUCCUCUAAUGCUGAACCAAACCUCUGAAGCCACCCCAGACUCUCUGUUUGCGGUACCCGAGGACAUGAAUCUGCUGUGGGCGUACGUUUCCAUCGGCACCUAUGCUCUAGUAGUUUCUGUCUUUCUGUUUGGUCUGUUUUGUAAGAAACGCUCAAGGCAGAAAAAAUCUACAGCAUCUGCUCAGAGAGUUCGAAGAGCAAAGUAUCACUGGGCCCUGCUCUGCCUCCUCUUCAUCUUCUUCUUCUUUUAUGUUGGAGCUGAGAUAACAUUUGGUUCUUACAUAUUCUCCUUCGCCACCACCCAUGUUGGCAUGAAAGAAACUGAGGCAGCCGGCUUGAACUCUGUCUUUUGGGGGGCCUUCUCAGCCUGCAGGGGCCUGGCCAUUUUCUUUGCAACAUUCUUAAAGCCCGGAACCAUGAUUGUGUUGAGCAAUGUUGGCAGCCUUGCUUCAUCUUUGUUUCUAGUGCUUUUUGACAAGAGCCCUCUCUGCCUCUGGAUCGCGACUGCUGUGUAUGGAGCCUCGAUGGCAACCACAUUUCCCAGCGGCAUUUCCUGGAUUGAGCAGUACACCACCUUAACUGGGAAGUCAGCAGCAUUCUUUGUAGUUGGUGCUUCUCUGGGGGAAAUGGCUUUUCCUGCAGUCAUUGGAAUAAUUGAGAGACACUACCCAGGGCUGCCAGUGGUUCUGUACGUCUGUUUUGCAUCAGCCAUAUUCACUGGAGUUCUUUUUCCUGUGAUGUAUAAAUUAGCCACCUUACCUCUGCGUCACCAGUCAAAAGAAAGAAAGAGUGAGGUGAAGAACUUUGUUUCCAGCUCUAGGCUCAAUGCCUGUGAGACAGAAAAGAAAUGGGAAGAUGCAGAAAAACGAAAUGGAACACAUUCUGAAGUAGUUGAAAUGAAGUAUUCGAGGCAUCUGUAACCGAGGAGUCUAGACAUUUCUAGUUGAUAGAGCCCACAGCUGAUGCUUCUGGGCAAUUCCCAAACACCUCCAUGUGUGAGGCCUCUCAGGUAAUGGCUGUGACCCCCCUGGGAUACACCAGGAGAAGAUGGACAAACAUUUGGAAAAGAAGAAUUGUUUAGUAACUUCAUAGUUCCUACACUUCCGGCCAGGGGAGCCAUAGAAGUUCUCAGCAAUUCCCCGGGGUCACCUUCUAGAGCUACUACACAGUACCUGCUGAACUGUUUUUAAAAAUUCUGGAAUUUCCAGAGUCUUCCAUAACGUACCAAGGGAUCUCAUAUAGUGGGAUCUUGUAACGAGGCUCCUGUUUGGGAGACUUAUCAGGAAAUAUGGUUUUUUGGGGUGUGGUGCGUGCUAAAAGGCAUUUCUAGUUAAGAAAUUGGUAGUGCUCCAGUAGGCAGGUACCACGGAGAUGUGGGAUGGAUUGACCUUUGCUGCGCAAAUGAUCAGGUGUCCAUUUUCUCUUGGAUGAGUGGGAGAGGGGAGUUUUGAUGCAAGAGAAGCUGGAAGUAGUAAAAUUGAUCCUAUAAAGGAUAUGCUCUGCUUAGGAAAGAUUGCUAGAUGAAAUAGCACUUAAUUAAAGGGUGUUACCUCCAAGCUGACUGGAAGAGAAGUAGUGUGCUGACCAGGCUCACUAGAAACUCAAGAGAGAAAACUUUGUACCAUAAUCUAAGUUUAGGAUUGCUGAGAAAAUUUCUGCUAAAUGAUUAUUCACCAAGACUGACCUCCAGUUAGGCUCCAUCCCCAUAACGAAAGGGUCUUAUAACCAAUCAUUAGGCCCAUUGCCAUAUCAAAGAACAUACCUCUAAAGGGCAGCUGAAGGGGGCAGAGCAGGGUGACAACCAUCACUGUGCCCUGACAAGAUGAAUCUGGGAGCAACUAUGUCACAACACUGGUGUACUCAACAAACUAUUCUGACAAUAUGUUUGUGUGUAAAUCUCCCACCAGUGUCCAGACAUGCGGUCUUCUAUGUCUGCUUAAAUUGUUCCAAGUAUAACCUGGGCCAGGACCUGAGAGAAUUAAGGAUGACAACAUUUGUGGAAAGAAUAGGCCUAAGGUGUGAGUAAGAGCUAGGAAACCUUCAACUCAAGGCCAGCUCUUCUUUGGGCAUUAGCCACACUCAGCCUCAUGGCUUUUUGGGGUUUUGUAAAGAGGUUUUUCUUUAUUAAUCUCUAAGUGUGCAGUGUGAUUUCUCACUGGGUAGGCAUUUUAUCUCUAUAACAAUUUCAUGGAAGCAUAUUUGGAAAUGAGGAUACAUUAUAUAAUUCUUUACCUUAUCCCUAGUGUUGGGUUAAAGAAUACUACGAACUUGUUUGGUUUGGUCCUUUUAUGAGAACACAGGAGGACUACUUUCCCUCAAGUGGAGACCUGCUUUCUAGAUUCACGAUGAGCACUGGCCGAGGGCUUCUUUCAUGUCACCUCCUUGUCCUUCACACUGGGAACGCAAGUGAGAGGAUUUCCAGAGUGAGAAACCCACAGGGCUUGGAGUUCGUGCAAGACAUGUGCUGAACAGCCCUUCCUUCUCCUAAGAUGACAAUAAAAAGUUUUAAGAAUGUGCUUCUGUGGAUAUAUGCUAACAAUUUAGUACUUUAUUUGAAUAAUUAUAUGAAAAGGCACUUUCAUUGCUGAAUUUGUUAUCAUUAUUGUCCUGUUUUGUCUGGUUUUGAAAUAAUGUUUUGUUGUCUAUCAUAGACCAGCCUGGAACUGGUGAACCUUCUACCUCAGUCUUCUGAAUUAAACCCUGCACCUCCAAGUCAGGAUAGUGCUGCAUUUGAUCCAUCCCAAAAUAAAUCUUUUCCUAAUACUUUAACAUCUUGAAACAGAUGUGAAAUAAUCAUUCAACUCUUUAAAAAAUUGUAUGUUUUCCAUACAAAUAUAGAAAUAAUGUACUUCAUUAUGAUUAGUAUCUUAGUCAUUGAAAUGUGAUUAUUCUAAUUAUUAUAAUUAUCCUAUUUUACAGAUAAUUUUUAAAGUUAUGGGGGGUCUCACUGUAACAUCCAGGCUGGCUCCAAAUAACGGGGCUCAAAGUGAUUCUACUUCCUCAGUAUCCUGAGAAGAGGACAGACAGGUGCCUCCAUCCCAGACAGAAUGCUCUAUCUGCACAUGCUGUUUGCAGUUAUGGCCACUUGGUACUUAGAGAGAGCAUGUUAGAAGUGUUAGAGAGGCGCCACUUCAGUGCACAGCUGUAGGCAGGGUCUGUUCCAUUCUCAGGGUUUAGACAUCAAUUACAUUAUAAACACUAUUAAAAACAGACAAUUUUUUUAGCUUAUAAUAAAGCAGUCUUUCCUAGGGGUUGGACUCCUUGUGCAGCCUCCUGGGCUUUUCCUUGAACUUGAAAUACCUGGGAUUCCAAUAUACUGAGAAGAGGGUGUUUUGUAACUAAGGAUGGAGAUAAGGAAGGCUAUUUCCUGAGCAUGGCAAAGCCGGCCUGUGUCAUCCUUAGACAAGACUGAAAUUGAUGUGAGAUUGUAUUUCUUUCUAUAUCUUAGCUGACUGAUGUUGGAUUUCUACCAUACUACUGUAUGUUUUCUCUUUCCUAAUUUCUAUAAAUGUCCUUUUGAUAAACAUG